AUGCAUAUCACAACUUCCUACACUACUUGUGAUCCUGACGGGAACGUCAAUACCAUACAUUGGAUUUAUUGGGGCCACUGCUUAGAGAUUCUGCGCCAAGAACUAGUGUGCAGGCCUUCUGUGCAUUUUUAUAGCAUGGUUUGGCAAGAAGGUCAGUUAAUGCCCUUCCCAGAUUUCCACGUCCAGCAAACAUGCGUACGAUGGAAAGAUUUCACCGACAUGACAACGCAGAGAAUGACCCGGGAUGAUGAGAUCAAACAUAAGAUGAAGAAUAUACGCAGGCCUGAGGGCGCUGUCCAGCGUUAUACGCCUCCAGAGGGAUGGAAUGUCAUCGAGCAGAACCGCGAAUGGCGCCACAAGAUGAAAGAGCAGGAAGUGGAUACCAAGAGUAGCCGCUGA